AUGCGUUGGACUCUACUAGCUUUCUCCAUUGCAGCUACCGGCAUCUACGCUUGCCAGCGUGACUGGGAUGCCCUAAAACGACGCAUCAACAGUCAUAGCCAUGUCAACCAUGGACACAAGAAGCGGGAUCUUGAUGUUGAAUACCCACCUCGACUCAGCGAGUAUGAGACGAUUCUCGUAAAUUCGUUUGACAGCAAGUCGUUGGAUGAGUGGUCUCAUUAUUACACCUCCGGAGAUCAUCUGGGCGGACACAACCGAACCCAGGCAGAGUGGACGCAGCAGAAAUGGAUCGAUGCUGGAUGGAAUGCAUUCAUUGAAGAAUAUUGGAUUUGGUAUACUGCACCCAUCGAGACCACACUGAGAUUGAACAGGCCAGACGGGAGCAUCCAUGAUGUGAGCUUGAUAGAGGAUAUGCUGGAAGAGGAUCCGACAACAAGCUACCCUAACCGUAUUCCGGCCUAUCAUGCGAUGAGUGGAAGCGGCAACAUCAGUGCCGAAUACGUUUAUGUCGGCCGUGGCCAGCGAGCCGAUUUCCAAGCCCUAAAGGAUGCUGGCAUUGAAUUGGAAGGCAAAAUCGCGCUCUCCAUGUACGGCGGCAUCUACAGAGGCACCAAAGUAAAAAAUGCCCAGGAUAACGGCAUGAUUGGGGCAGUUCUCUUCACCGAUCCCCUCGACGACGGUGAAAUCACAGUCGCCAACGGUUAUCUUGCUUACCCAGACGGACCCGCUCGAAACCCUUCCAUGAUCCAACGAGGCAGUGUUCGUUUCUCCUCUCUCUACUCUGGUGAUCCCUCCACUGUUGGUUAUGCAUCUGAGAAAGACGGUCCAAGAAACGACGUGACCCCUUACAACCCAACGAUCCCAUCCGUCCCCAUCAGCAUGAAAGAUGCAGCUCCUCUUCUCGCCGCGCUAGACGGAAGUGGGCUGUCUGCGGAGCAAGUCAACCGCAGCAGCUGGGUUGGCGCACUACCGAACAUCACUUAUAGCAGUGGACCGGCGGCUGGUGCCACCCUUGAUAUGGUGCACUUCAUGAACCAGACUGUUGCACCCUCAUGGGAUGUCAUUGGUAUCAUCAAUGGAACCCACCCCAACGAUGUUCUGGUUAUUGGUAACCAUCGCGAUGCGUGGGUUAUUGGUGGCGCUGCAGAUCCAAACUCGGGAUCUGCAGUUUUGAUUGAAUUGGCGAAGGCUUUUGGGAAGCUCGUUGAAAAAGGAUGGAAGCCUCGGCGAACUAUUAUCCUUGGCUCCUGGGACGCCGAGGAGUUCGGCUUGCAGGGCUCAACCGAAUGGGUUGAAAGCCACCUACCCUGGUUGGUCACGAAUGCCGUCGCUUAUCUGAACUUGGACGUCGCCGUAUCAGGACCGCGCACCGCGCUCUCCGGUUCUGGGGAGAUUCAGACUGUUGCGAUUGAAAUGAUGAAGAAGGUUCUUUUCCCUGAAGGUUGGGGUGUCGGUCCAACGUUGUACGACAUGUGGUUCAACACAACUGAUGGAGAGAUCCCCCUUUGGGAAGUGGCAGUGAUUAUGCUGCCUUCUACCAUAACGGUAUCAGUGCUGCAUUAUGAUUCAUAUACCUGGAUGGCAAAGUUUGGAGACCCUGGCUUCAAGAUCCAUCGAGUGAUGGGCCAGUGGCUUACCUUGAUCGCCUAUCACAUCGCCGAUGACGUGAUCAUCCCAUGGGACCUCCCCAAUGCUGGUCGUGUGCUGCGGACUUAUUACGAAGACCUAAAUGAAACUCUCGCAGAAGAUUAUCCUGACCUCGACCUCUCUCCUAUUGACGGCGCAAUCGCCGAGUUCAAGACAGCUGCCGAACGCAUCGCCACUAUUGCCAAGCAAGCCCUCGCCUUCAACGACACAGUUCUCAUUGAUGUUGUUAACGGCAAGUACCGCGAUUUCUCCCGCGGUUUCGCGAGCGCUGGUGGCCUUCCGGGCCGCCCGACCUUCCAUAACGUCAUUAGUGCUCCCGGGCUAGACAACGGAUACGGUGCGGACGUCUUCCCCGCUGUGCAGGAUAGUCUUAGCUCCGGAAACGAUGAGCAGGCUCAGGAAUGGGUCGAGAGAAGCGCGUCCGCGGUCUCUCGCGCUGCGGACAUCCUGCGUGUCUAA